AUAAAAGAAGGGGGCCAGUGCUCAUGCGCGCUCUGCGGAGGACGUUGUUGUCCUCUUAGCUUCCCGCACUCAAAGGUCCACAAAUGUCAAGCGCUGGACCAAUUUCUCACACAUCCUGCAGGUGAGUUUAGACUGUGUACGACCGACUGUGUGACCGUUAGUACAUCAUCAACGGCUGACGGCCCCGACGGUCCGCCGUGUCCCUGGGAAUGUUGUCCAGCGGCUGGGAAACACAUUGGGACACCUGAGUGGACAGGACUUGUGAGAGUAGACCGGGCGCCACAGGUCAGACUGCGAGAGUAUUGGGAGUACGGGUGUUUUUUUUCUCUCGUCUCUCGUUUCUUCUUUUUUGGCUUUUUCUGCCGUUAUGCGUCGCCCUGCGGAGGCAUCGUCACAGCUGUCUCCGGGCUCCCCCUUGUGUAGCUUGUAGAUCGAUGAUCGCAUGUCCCGCGGCUGGCCGCUGGUUUUCAGAGGGGAACGGUGAUGAAUGACAGUCACGCGUGUAUAUCUCUCUCCCCUGUAUUUGUAGAUGAAGCAAACUGGUCUGUCUCUACAGCAGAAGAUGUCCCGCUGUGUCCUACUCACUACCAUUUUUACCCUUCCUCUUGCUGUGGGUUGGGUCAUACCGGCUGAAAGAGAAGACCCCUGGAUAGUUUGUGCCGGGAAGGAAUUUCGUCUGCCAGUGUACUCGACAUCCAGAACGGUGACUUUUACACCAAACCCUGAGGGUCCGAAGCGCGUCCUGCUGGAAAAAAACACGGUAAUGGACCCACGGUUUGAGUGGACCAGAGAUAAGAUGUUAGUCCUGAAAGAAGUGACUCACAGUGAUCAGGGACUUUAUGCCAUCAAACUGUUCUCUGGAUUCACCUACGAGACUGUUCGUCUGGUUGUUUCAGAAUGCAUUAAAUCCUACCACAGACACUACGGGGAGAACUUUGAGCACAACAUCCCUGAAAAUGGCUACCUACUGGAGUUUUCUCCUCGGGGUGCUCCACCUGAGGCCAUGCCCAUUGUGCUGUGGAACCGGACGGACCCUGAAACCCGCGGAGCGGGGCGGGGUCGGCUGCUGCGGGGUGGGAAGGUCUGGGUGGCUGAGAGAGUGACGCAAGUGGACCAAGGCAACUACACUGUGAGAGACACACAGGGGAAGGUGCUGUCCCGCAGCAAUCUCACUGUCCAAGGGCACUCCUUCAAUGUCACCCGCUUCACCAAGGAGUCUCUAAACCUGCCCCUAUUUCUUCCUGUCCCCCAUGCCCACCUCAUUUUUAUCCCCACCCGAUACCCCGAGGAAUCCUCCCUGGGCCCUUUCGACCCCAAGCCCCCCCGUAGCCCUGUGCAGCUGAUCCGUGACGGCCAAAUAACAGACCACGACAUGCGCUACAGGGGCCUUAUCUCCCUGAGCAGGAAGAGUACUGUAAAUGAGGUCGUCAUAGCGAGGCUGACCUCAAGGCAUGAUGGGGUGUAUGAAAUCAGAGAUGGGGAUGGCAACCUGGUGUCCUCCACCUUUUUGCAGGUGAUCGUCUCUCCAGAAAAGGGGGUCAAAUGGCGAGCCCUCCUCAAGUCCAUCGCUGUCCCUUCUGGGGUUGUUCUGUCACUGGCUAGUUUCAUCCUGUUUGUGAAAAACUACCCAAACUGCAGCCUGUCGCAGAUCAUCGCUGGCCUAAGAGCGACACGCAGACGGCGAGCCAACCCCCCAAGAGUUACCAUCCAGGACUACAGCCAGCCCAGCCAUGAGUCCCCAGGCUACUACAGUCACUCUCAGCAGUCUGGAACACCAAGAAAAUGGGCCCCAAGAGCCAGUCCUACUCAUACUCGUUACACUCCAGUUAUGGUAGGGACUCCGAGAGCUGAGAACCAUGGAAUACGCAGUUUGGCAGCUGUGAGCUCCCCUAGUCGUAAUUCAACCACUGAGCGGGACACAUCUAAUGGGGAAGAGAAAAGGAUUUCCUUUUCCCUGCCUGGGGCUUCUGAUUGCCUCCACUCCUCUGAGGACUGUAUUCAAUUCCAGAUCAAGAAAGAUGGAGAUAAAGACAGGUGGAACAAAUCAAAAGAAUACUUUUCCACACUGCCGCUGGACAUGGACACCUUUGAAUCCUGCAGUGUUUACACUUCAGAGAAACUGAACUUAUAAAACAGAGAAUUGGAGCUGAAAUAAAGGGAGAAGAAAUAUGAGCUAUGGAGAAAUAACUGUUUUGGAUUCUCUGGUGGAAAAGAAAGAUAUUACCUGUGCCUUCUGCAUCUUAGUCUAGUUUUAAUGUUUUGGUAUCAAUAUUGCAUGUAAUCUUUCCAUGUAAUUUUACUGAAUCAUGAGUGGAACAUUAGUCUUCCAGUCUCAUAUUAUCCAUUUCUUGAUAUUGGCUGAUGGUGCUCCUGAAAUCUCCUGCUGUUACCUACCUCUAGACCCUCAGGACCAAUGUUACCUGCACUGUAUUUGCUGAGUGGCUGUACAUGUAUGUCUGUGUGUAUAAUAUGAUCUCUAGGGCUAUGUAGACAUUAGAGUUGUGAUACAAAAGGCUGCAAAAGGGAAUAUUUAAAUGCUGUACAGUAAUGUAGGGUUAAUUGAAGUGUUUAGCCAUUCCUCAUUUGACAGCAAUUAAUUAUCAUAUUAAAUGACCAUUCUGCAGUUUAAUGAUUUUUAAAAUGAUAUAGUGUAUAAACCCUCAAGGUAAAUGUAGUAAUGGUUAUGUGAAAUGUAACAUGUUCCACCAAAUAUUGCCUAUUGCCUAUUGAUCUGUGAACUUUGUGUACAGGAUAAUAUCUUAUCACCACAUCUUUUUUAUUGACAAAAGAUGUUGGACUGUUGCUUAUGAUAUUUUUGCAGCAACAAAAUGCCGUCUCUGAAACAACAAAAUGAAUCUUUAGUGCACAUAUUUUAGAUAAUAAUCUGCAAUAUGCUUUUUUUUUUGUUGUAACUAAAAAUAUUUUCAAUACCAGUUAUUCUAUGCAUUAUGUUUUGAUGAAUCUUAGUAUAUAAGAUAUAAAGAAAAAGUAACAAAUGGCCAUCACAAGCUGCUAAAGCUAAAGGUGAUAUUUAAUUGAUUGUCUGCAUGACAAUUCAACAUCUGUACAUAU